CGGGCCUUGCCCCCCAUGGUCUCGCGGCCCGAGCCCGAGGGCGAGGCCAUGGACGCCGAGCUGGCGGUGGCGCCGCCGGGCUGCUCGCACCUGGGCAGCUUCAAGGUGGACAACUGGAAGCAGAACCUGCGCGCCAUCUACCAGUGCUUCGUGUGGAGCGGCACCGCCGAGGCCCGCAAGCGCAAGGCCAAGUCCUGUGUCUGUCACGUCUGCGGCGUCCACCUGAACAGGCUGCACUCCUGCCUCUACUGCGUCUUCUUCGGCUGCUUCACCAAGAAGCACAUCCACGAGCACGCCAAGUCCAAGCGGCACAACCUGGCCAUCGACCUCAUGUAUGGCGGCAUCUACUGCUUCCUGUGCCAGGACUACAUCUACGACAAGGACAUGGAGGUCAUUGCCAAGGAGGAGCAGCGGAAAGCCUGGAAGAUGCAAGGGGUCGGGGAGAAGUUUUCCACCUGGGAGCCGACCAAACGGGAGCUGGAGCUGCUGAAGCACAACCCGAAGCGAAGAAAGAUCACGUCCAACUGCACCAUAGGUCUGCGGGGGCUGAUCAACCUGGGCAACACCUGCUUCAUGAACUGCAUCGUGCAGGCCCUGACCCACACGCCGCUGCUGCGCGACUUCUUCCUUUCCGACAGGCACCGCUGCGAGAUGCAGAGCCCCAGCUCCUGCCUGGUCUGCGAGAUGUCCUCGCUCUUCCAGGAGUUUUACUCGGGGCACCGGUCCCCACACAUCCCGUACAAGCUGCUGCACCUGGUGUGGACGCACGCGCGGCACCUGGCUGGCUACGAGCAGCAGGACGCGCACGAGUUCCUCAUUGCCGCCCUGGACGUCCUGCACCGGCACUGCAAAGGUGACGAUAACGGCAAGAAGGCCAACAACCCGAACCACUGCAACUGCAUCAUCGACCAGAUCUUCACCGGAGGGCUGCAGUCGGACGUCACCUGCCAGGUCUGCCAUGGCGUCUCCACCACCAUAGACCCCUUCUGGGACAUCAGCUUAGACCUGCCCGGCUGCUCCACUCCCUUCUGGCCCCUGAGCCCCGGCAGCGAGGGCAGCGUGGUGAACGGCGAGAGCCACGUGUCUGGCACCACCACGCUCACCGACUGCUUGCGCAGGUUCACCAGACCGGAGCACCUGGGGAGCAGCGCCAAGAUCAAGUGCAGUGGUUGCCAUAGCUACCAGGAGUCCACCAAGCAGCUCACCAUGAAGAAAUUGCCCAUCGUGGCUUGUUUUCAUCUCAAGCGCUUCGAGCACUCGGCCAAGCUGAGACGCAAGAUCACCACGUACGUGUCCUUUCCCCUGGAGCUGGACAUGACUCCCUUCAUGGCCUCCAGCAAGGAGAGCAGGAUGAACGGGCAGUACCAGCAGCCCACAGACAGCCUCAACAAUGACAACAAGUACUCCUUGUUUGCGGUCGUGAACCACCAAGGCACCCUGGAGAGCGGCCACUACACCAGCUUCAUCCGCCAGCACAAAGACCAGUGGUUCAAGUGCGAUGACGCCAUCAUCACCAAGGCCAGCAUCAAGGAUGUGCUGGACAGUGAAGGGUACCUGCUCUUCUACCACAAACAGUUCCUGGAGUACGAGUAGCCUCGUCCGCGGCCGGCCAGCCAGGACGAAGGUGACGAGUUGGCGACCUCACCGACGACCCCGGCCUCCCUGACAGCGUUCCGGCCCGCGGGCCCCUCUGCCCAGGCUGGGCCCCCGCAGGGACUGCACAGAGGCUGCAGCGCUGGCUGGAGGGCCCUGCCCCUGGGGCGUCUCGCGGGUGCCUCCCUUGGUGGCUGCCCAGCCUGCGUCCGCGCCCAUGCCCACGCCCAGGGGCGUCCAUGGCAGCUGUGGGCAGGCAGGGCCAGGGCGGCUGCUGUGCCGGGGCCCGGAACCACACUGCAUGAGGACGCACCGGCCGGAGCCAUCUCGGGUUUCUAGAAGUAGGCUUUCUGACCCUCCCUCCUCUCCCCUGAUGGUGGCCGCCUCCUGGGGUUUCUGCCGACUGUGCGUGGGUGGAGCUUGCUUUCUACUUGGUGCUUCCGUUCCAGGGGCGGGCACAGCGGAGGGAGCCAGGUUGCCGCUGCCCAUGUUCUCUCUGGGGUCUGAAUGGGGAGGGGGGCAAGCAGAAGGUCUCUGGGCGGUCUUAGCGGCCCCUUUCCUCCUCCUCCCCUUCCUGGUCCGCUCUCCCAACUCCUCUCCCUCACUGCCGGCGCGGGGAUGCUGGGGCUGCAGCUGGAGUGGCCUGCAGGGGCCGUGGGCGGUGCGCGAGGGGUACCUGCUUCGUGUGUGGGCCGGGAAUGAAGUGGCUCCAGGGCCGGGCUUGCCUGUAGAAGCAGCCAGGGAGGCGUGUUCCCUGGGAUUCUGUAUUUAGGGACUCAGAAUGAACAUGUCAUCCUCAUGGAUCAAGGAAGUUCAAAUUAAAAUAUUUUAAGCUGGGGAAACUGUUUUGUUGGCUGAGAGACUGCAGGAGAGUGGCGGUGGGAAACCCCCCCCCCACUACCACCUUUGCCCCCCAGGUGGGCACAGUCAGGGCCUGCGGCAUCCCCACGGCCUGCGACUUGACAGCUUGCCUGCACUGUCCUGUUGCGCCCAUGUGCUUAGUAGGGUUAAGAGCCGAAGCGUUUUCAGGGGGCUGGGGUGACCCGGUGCUGAGUCGGGCACAGCUUGGAGCAGGGGAAGUGGCUUCGGGACUCUGAGCUGGGAAACCCUUCUGGAAGGCUUGCGCACCACGGGGCACCCUGGCCUGCUGGGUGUCCAGGCGCAGGCGUGGCCGGGCCUGUGUGCCGGCCUGGGCCUCUGUGGCGAGUCCCCUGGGCCCCACGCAGCAGCUCCUCCUGUCCCCGACGAGUGUCAGCCACGCCCAAGACACUGGUGCCAGGAGCCAGGUGGCGCCCUGCCCUGCACUCCUGCCUCCUGCCUGUGGGCACUGCAUUCCAAGUUCCAUGUGUCCCCUGGGGACAUGACGCUGAUGUCCUGAGUCGGCGACUCUGCCUGCUUCCAGCUCCCCAGUGCUGCUUUCUGUUCAGGAAAAUGGUGUUCCAUUUCCCGGUAAUGCCCCGCCCUCGCCUCACACCCUGCACGUCCUGCAGACACCUGGGGUGCAGCCCGCCCCGUACCCUACACCCUACGGCACCUGUACCGCCCCUGCGUCUCUGAGAUGCCGGCCCCACCCCACACCCCGCACCCACACGUCCUCCCAGACGCCUGGGGUGCAGCUCAGCCCCACACCCGCACCCCUCGUGACCGCGACCUGCGUUUCUGCGAUGCCGGCCUCGCACCCCGCACCCCGCCGCGGUGCUUCACGGGAAGGCGCCCCCUCCCCUGCUUGCCGCGUGUGCUUCGCGUCGUGUGACAUUGAUGUGCCCCUGCCAGUUCCAGUGCCCGUUGCGUGUGCUCUUGCUCUGAAGACAAGCCGGAAGAGACCAGUUCCGAUGCUCGUGCUGUGGUUGGAGAUUCGAUGGCCAGACGUCCGCCCCUCCCCACCCCUCCCCUCCCUGUCGUCGGAGGACCCGCGCGCUCCGGCCUCCUCCCUUCCCGGCUUGUAGUCUCUCCCCUUAUAAUAAAGCUGCAUUUUAUU